CUAGGCACUACUAACAAUCGAUACGCAAUCGAUUUUUGAAUAGCAACCCUAAAACGCUACAUAGGCCGGGCCACGUACAAGAAGAAAAUAAUAUAAAACUCAAUUAAACCAAGAACCAAUAAAUAAUAAAGCCGAAUCAUGGAGGCUAUGCAACGUUACGUUUCGCCGGUCAAUCCAGCCGUUUUUCCCCACCUCGCCUCUGUGCUGCUCAUCAUUGGAACGUUCUUCACCGCCUGGUUCUUCGUUUUUGUGGUGUCGCGAAAGAACACAAAGGAGAGCACACUGAUCAAAGAGUUGUUGAUUAGUCUGUGCGCCGCUAUAUUCCUCGGCUUUGGCGUUGUGUUUCUUCUACUCACAGUUGGCAUUUAUGUAUGAACAACAACAUUCCCCUCUAAAUGUAUUUGGCAAUAAACAUAAUAGAUUCUAUAUUUGUAAGCGUGGUGUGAA